CCUGGGCUCUCCGUCCCGCCACCGGCACCACUCGGGCCCCGGUCAGGGCCCCCGCGCUGGCGCCUCCAAGGGCGGCGGCAGGUGGCUGCUGUCUGCGGAGGGCGCGGAUGCGGAUGCGCUGCAGGCCCUGCGCUCCCUGUCCGUGCUUGUGAUGCUGCUGGGUCGCCACCUGCCCGGCCACGUGCCGCCCGUCAUGGUGCUGCUCACCGCCUCGGUCAGCCAGGCGGCGGCGGGCUCGGAGGCGCUGCAACUGCAGUGCCUGGCCACGUGGCGGGUGUUCCUGCGCUGCAUCGAGGCCAAUGCGCCCACGCUGCUGGAGAGGGUCGCUGUGCAGGCCACUGUGUUGCUGCUGCAGUUGCUUCAGAGCACUCGUGACAAGGUGGCCACUGCGGCGGCCGGGGUGGUGACGCUGCUGGUGGUGGACUACCGGGCGCAUGUGCGCAGGGCUCUGAGCCGCAUGCCCCCGCUGCCCGCCGAGGUGCCGGGUCUGCAGCGCGUGCGGGGGGUGCUGCAGGAGGAGCUGCAGCUGGCGGACGCACGCAAGCGGCUGCAGCAGCUGAUCGACUCGCUGCAGCACGAGAGCCUGGCGGUCAGGCAGGUGGCGCUGCGCGAGUUGCGUUCCUUCCUGUCGGGUCAGCGCUCCCUGGUGGCGGACCUCAUGGCGCGG